AUCGUUAACCAGUCGCACACGACCGUCGAGGAAGUGCGGGAGUCCUCGGCCUCAGCUGUGUACUUUCGCGUCUUUUUUUUAUCGCCUCGCGCUUUAAUUACGGCCGUGACCUCGCCUCCAACAACGUAUACGCGACGCCAGAGCGUUUUCCACGAAUCUGCGCUAAAGUGCUCGUUCGAGCAGCACGAGGCGUGCGUGAAACGCCCAUGGGCGUGCGUUCAGCGUGCACCGCGAACGCAACGAACGGAGCCCCGCACGGAGGGGUUGCUAACCUCAAAUCCGGAGGGAAGAAACACGAUCGAACGAUACCAAUACCUUCCUACGACGAUGUAAACACGUAGGAAGAUCGUACGAGGAUACACGAGUCAAGAGAUAUCAAUAACGAUCGAUAUUCUCGAUCUUUAUUUUGUAUUUUGUGUAAUCGUGAUUAAUGUAAGCACCGUAUGGAAUGGUUGUCCGUUUGGAGGACGUACGCGAUCGAGGCGUAUUAAUUAAUGGAAAAAGCUAUUCCGUAGUUUCCGCGGAAGGUACGAGGGAGCCCUCGUUCGCGUAACUCAUUGUCUGCGGCGGAUACACUCGUCAUUUGCGUAGACGGUUAAAGUGCCCCGGCGUACGUCAGCGUGGACGCGUUCACGUUGGCCCUGAAUGGCGGAAAAGAGGAAGAGGAACGACGCUAGGUUGGGAAAUGGAGCGAAGCGAUCCAUCCGCGCCGCGACGGACUUGGAUCGACGAUGCUCGGCCACGUGCGCCGUCGACCGUUCGAUGAUUCAUUGGUUUAAGUGGUCCGGUUAAUGGGGGUCUGACUUGCCUCGAAGUCCUAAAAAUUACGCGAUUUACGAGGCUUCUUUCUCAGUGAGAAACCCGGCGAUUUUGGGCCUUAUUCACUCGAUUACAAUAGGAAAACUACGUUGUGAAAUUUUUCUAACCCACUUUUCUCCUUUCACAUCGUUUUGCAAUAGAUCGCCGGGCCACAUCUUCAUUGUCUGGUGAAACAUAACUCGACUUUCAGAUUUCGUUUUUUUUUCUAAUGUUUUGGUAAUUUCAUUAUUUACGUGCGCACUGAUCGAUGUAAAUAUUUUAAUUGGACGUUGACGACUGUCGUUUCACAAUAGCAGCGAUCACUUGCAUCAUCCAUUGUAGAAAAAAUUUGUAUUUCUCAUGAAAGUAUAAUCACAGAUGUGCAAAAUCCAUUAGGUGUGCCUAUUCUCUGCCGGCCGCUAUUGCAAAAGUACAGUCACUUCCGGUGUGUUUUUGCAUCGCUGUAAUUAUGUCAUUAUGCACAUGAAAUGUCAUUGUGUUGCAAGACAGUGUGCCACAAGGCGAAGGUCAAGCAGAAUUAACAAAUUUUUUGCAAGUUUCUUCUCUUAGGAGCUCUUGGACCAUUGCCAUAACAUUCCAGGUUUGAGAAACGCUCCAAAGCGAAGAUAAUACGGUACAUUGUCGAUAUAAUUGCACAUUGUCCAUAUUGUCAAAUCGGUAUGCUUGACGACAUUUGCUAUAAAUGCAACAUUAUGAAAGUUUCAAGAAAACGAAGUCUCUGUCGUGCCACAUACUAAUAAUAUUAAUAAUAGAACCGGUAUCGAAUCAAUAGUAUCAAACCGUAACUUAUAAUCCACUAUCGAACAGUAUCAAACAUUUAGUUACAAAAUUAGUUAAUCGAUAUCCACUUGACGCUUCGUGAAAACAUUGAUGGCCAUUCGAUUCGACAACAUCGUUAAAUACACAUUAAUAACGCGUUAAUGGUCUUGUAACGAACCAAUUUAAAUUUAAAUUUUAAACUCCUAUCGUUCUUCUCGAAUCCAAAUGAAAUUUCGAUUUCAAGAUUCGAGUGUUUAACAAAAUUUCGAACGAGACAGAUCCCUAAAAAAUUUAAGCAGAGCACGAGAUCGGCCAUUCGCGAUUCGUCGACGUCCUCGAGGCAAUUUCUUUUUGGGUUUGGAGUCGGGCCAAGACGCGGUUCGAACUCGCGAGCACAAAGGUUCCGAGUCGUCUGCGUAGAGAUCGACUGUUCUUUUUCUCUGUGGGGAUCAGCACGUGGGGAAAGUUGACCUCCAGACGACGGGAACCUUGUUAUCGAAGAUCGAUUCUCUCCUGCAUUCCGACACUGAUUGCAGAAACGUCGCGUUUCAUUAUCCGCAGCCUUUUCCCGCGCCCUUAGAAGACAAAGUGGUACACGCUACGACCCUUUGGACAGUCGAGUGUCGAAGAUAGCGAGAAACGACCCACGACAAUGCACGUUUGCACCGUCUUCGGAACGAAUCAAGCUCGUCGAGUCACGGAACUCUGCAAUUAGAUGCGGACAGGUGGUCGCGUGUGUACGGAACGAAGAAACUGCUUGUCCAUUGCGUAACACGAGAACGAAUGUUCGAGGAACCCGCGGGAUCAUCGAACCCAUCUUUCUCUAUGCAAAUCGAACGAAUCUCCAUCCCUUUUCGAGGGAGGAAGCAUUCGAAGUAAAUUAAACGCUAAAGAUCAUGAGUCGGUCGACGAGCGAUCGUGCCGCGGAGAUCGAGGCUGGAUCGUUGGAUCGCGAGCCCCUGGAGAUCCCGAAGACUCCGAAACGUGGUUUGAAGAGACGCGACAAAGUGGCGGACGCGAUCUCCAAGGAGCCAUCGGACGCGGAAAACAAUUCUGCGAGGAUUCCUUCGAAGUCCGCGAAGAAAGGCUCGAGCGAGGAGAACGCGGAGAGCAAAUGGAAGAAGUUUUGGGAGAGCAACAGGGACAGGUUCAAGCAUAAAUCCGAGGAAGAGGCGAAACAUCGACCGGAGGAGGACGCGAACGUGGAGGCCGAGGCUGUUCUUCGCGAGGCUAUCAGAGCCAUGCGAUUCGAUCGAUUCGAGGACCUCGAUGGGAACGAGAAAACCACCCACGCGAAUAAUGAGGAGUCGUCGAGCAACAACGAGACUCUGGCAGCCGAUCAAGAUGCCUCCGAGACCAGAUCCGAGGACGCGUCGCGAAGCAAUGCGGAAAAAGACGAAAAUACCGCGUCUGAAAGCAAUUUCUUCGUGGAUCUCGAGGACGAGAAGGGAAAUCUGUCGACGAUCAGGGGCGAUCCGUCCUCGAGACGAUGGAGCUCGUUGGAGAACCUGAGGGCGAAGAUGGAGAACGCUGGAUCGUCCGGGACGAAGGUCUGUCGAUCCGUGGAGGGUCUGUCGAUCGAGAAGCCGGCUAAGAUCAAAGAGAAGAGGACCAUCGGCUCGUUGAAGUCCUCCUUCGAGAAGAAGAUGGGCUCUGUGGAGAGGAUGCUGGAGGAUCACAUGGAGAGGAUACUGGAGGAGAACGUGCAGAAGCAUCCGUGGCUGUUGCCCAUAGAGGCCUGGAUCGUCGAUCGUUGCAAGGUCUCCGAGUCGGCGAAGAGAUCGAGCGAGGACCCGAAUUUCGAAGUUAGGUACAACGCGACGGAGAACGAGACCGAGGAGAAGGGGUUGGAGAGCAGAGCGGAGAUCCAGAAGAAGCCUAAGAAGGACUCCCCGAAAUCGGAGAGAACGGGAUUCGACGCUGGUCAGUUGAUCUCGAGGUUGAGGAAGAACGAGGACAAUGUGGCGAAGGUGGAUGGUGCCCUGGAGGCCAAAGACGCCAAGCAUCAGGAUCUCUUCGACAAGCUGAGAGACAAUGUUAAGGAGAAAAUGGAAGAUAUCCAUAGGUACUUCCAACGGACCAAUCGAUUGGCGGACGUAAAUAGACGCUUGAAAUCGCAAAUAUGGAGCUCCGUGGUGACGAUCGUUCUGGUCGAGGCGAAGAAUCUGCUGCCGAUGGAUAUAGACGGGCUGUCGGAUCCCUACGUCAAGUUUCGAUUGGGAACGGAGAAGUACAAGUCGAAAGUGGUGCACAAGACCCUGAGCCCGGUCUGGCUGGAGCAGUUCGACCUCCAUCUGUACGAGGACCCGUACUUGGGCCAGGAGCUGGAGGUGACGGUUUGGGACCGCGACAAAAGUCAUCAGGACGAUCUGAUGGGGAGGACGGUGAUCGAUCUGGCGACCCUCGAACGCGAGACUACUCAUCGGCUGUGGCGUGACCUCGAGGAGGGCUCCGGUAGCAUCUUCUUGUUGUUGACGAUCAGUGGUACCACCGCCAGCGAAACCAUCAGCGAUCUGGCGGCUCACGAGGAAACGCCUCGCGAACGCGAACAGAUGUACCAGAGGUACGCCGUGAUGAACACGUUGCAGAGGAUACGAGACGUUGGCCAUCUGACAGUGAAGGUAUUCAGGGCCCAGGGUCUCGCUGCAGCCGAUCUAGGGGGUAAAAGCGAUCCCUUCUGCGUCCUCGAGUUGGUGAACGCCAGAUUGCAGACUCAAACGGAGUACAAGACGCUCGCGCCAAACUGGCAAAAGAUCUUCACUUUUAACGUGAAGGAUAUAAAUUCGGUGCUAGAGGUGACCGUGUACGACGAGGACAGGGACCAUAAAGUAGAGUUUCUUGGCAAGGUCGCCAUACCGCUGCUGAGAAUCAGAAACGGCGAGAAGAGGUGGUACGCGUUGAAGGACAAGAAACUGAGAGGCAGGGCCAAGGGCAACACGCCCCAAAUACUUUUGGAGAUGACCGUCGUUUGGAACGUGUUCAGGGCCUGCGUUCGAACGUUGAAUCCCAAAGAGAAGAAGUACAUGGAGCCUGAGAUAAAGUUCAAGAGGCAGGUCUUUCUGCGAAACGUUCUCAGGCUGAAGGCCAUCAUCAUAAUCUUCAUCGACAUUGGAAAAUACGUGCAGAGCUGCUGGGAAUGGGAGAGUAAAAUGAGAAGCAUCAUCGCCUUGGUUUUCUUCAUUCUUGCCUGUUACUACUUCGAGCCUUACAUGAUCCCCGGCGCGGCGCUACUUAUUCUGUUAAGAUAUUAUCUGCUUUACGAAGACGGAAGUGGGCUGAAUGAAUGGAUUUCCGGACAGGUCGCGGUGAUAACCGGCACGUCUCUGUCCCAUUACGCGGGCUCCCAUUUCCACGACGACGGCGACGACGGUCCGACCACACCGGGGGACGACGACGACGACGACGACGACAAAGAUAAAGAAGAGAAGAAAAGUCUGAAGGAGAGAUUGCAGGCGAUACAGGAGGUGACCCAAACCGUUCAGAAUUCAAUCGGCUACAUAGCCAGCCUUUGCGAGAGGGUGAAGAAUCUCUUCAAUUUCACUGUCCCCUAUCUGAGUUACUUGGCGAUAAUGCUGGUGAUCCUCGCGGCCACUGUUCUAUAUUUCAUCCCCGUCAGAUACCUUAUCUUGGCCUGGGGCGUGAAUAAGUUCUCCAGAAAGAUCGUGCGACCUCACUCGGUCCCGAACAACGAGGUCCUCGAUCUUGUGUCCAGAGUGCCCGACGACGAGGAGCUACUUAACUACAGGGAGUUGAAACCGUUGUCGACCGCCGACUGCGAGAGGAGCGGCACCUCGGGCAGUCCGGGCCACUCGAAUCUAACGAGAAGGGAGCAGAGGAAGAGGCAAAAGGCCGCGUAGCAGCCAGCCCCGCGGCCGGAAGUCGCGGGUCUACGAUCACCGAGCAUCCUGAGGACGGUCCUGUUGCGCCGGAAGACGCGUCAGCGCAAGGGAUCAGCGGAGAAUCCGGAUGUGAUCGACAUGGACUGAGAAACCUACGUUUACACUUGUAGAGUUCUAGCUAGAGGGGAUGAAACUAUAGUUUCCACUAUCUCUGAUCGAGUACGAACACCCCGCGUGGUAUGUCUUGGACGUGACUGUCGCACAGGGUUUGUAUCAUCGCGCGUUUCUACAAAUUACGGCGGUACCCGGUUAUGUGAAAUCGUAUCGCGACAGAUAACCGGGGAAAUCGAAUUACUUUAAUCCUGAAGUGGAAUUACGUUAGGGAUACUUGCAAGGAAAUCGAUUUUUGUGUUCGAGUCGCUAAUGAAAUUUGAUAAAUAUUUAUACUUUGUAUUGUUGUUAUAAACAGAGUUUGAUCUUGAAUUUUUGCAGGAGAUAAUCGAACAAGAACCAUUUUUGCAACAGUGUCUGCGAAAUGAAAUUUGAUUCAACGUACAUAUCGAAAACUGAACAGUGGUGAGGAUCUAUUUAAUCAAAUAUUUUCUAUAAACUAGUUACAAGAGAUCGUUGUAAUCGAAUGGUGGGUAACAGCGCGGACGAAAGAUUGCAAUGUGAUAUUUAAAACAGUACAACGGAGCUUUAGGGGAGUAAAUUUAUCCGAGACAUACCACGCGAAAUUGUUGCUAGUUUUUCGUUCGAUAAUUCGUGAGAAUCGAGGGAAGCUUAUGGAGGAAGAAUGGUGUUAUAUUUAAAGAGGAACCGUAGUCUUAUCGAAUCGUUGGGCCCAAGAUGGCCACGAUGGAUUCGUACGUGAUAUGUUGUCGACAGGGAAGUCGAAUUUGCCGCGAUAUUUACUAUCUGUGUCCUGUCUACGGAAACAGAUGAAUCUUUUCUGGGGAAAUCGUGAAACCCAAGCAGGUUCCCACGAAACGAGUUGAACGAGAGGCACAAACUUCCAGCCAGUUGGGGCAAAUAAACGAAACGCGCUACGAUUUCUUCGAAACGUUUGACCUCCCUGUCGACAAGCAUUCGAAGCGAGACGCGAAUCGACAAAACGUGUUUUGAAAGUAUGCAGUCCCGUUCGUGACGGGGAUGACCGCGUUUUCGAGCGUAUCAAAACAAGCGAGAAACGCGACGUUUUCGUUUUAGGUUUUUAUCGUUUCCCCCUUUCGUUCGGUAAACUUUUUUAUAGAAAAUGAAUUAGCUAACAAUAUCGACGGAGAAGAGGCAACAUAGAGUAUUUAACAAAUGCGAGAAUAAUUCCCGUCUAGGGUUAUCCUCGUCGAUCCGUUUCGUCCAUCGGUGUCGUAGAUGUAGCUGCUGAAGAGAGAGAGAAAAAAAAAUCGUUACCACUGAAUGAGAGAUAUAAAGGUAUAAAGAAAAAAAAUAAUAAAAUUAAAUGACAGAUAGCGUUGUUCACGGCGACAGCAUCGCGAAUUCGCUUUAGCGUGCUGUUUGUUUGCGUUUCAGGAACGACGAACGAACGAUCGCUUGUUUAAACGUUCGAACGUCGGGUUUGCUUUUAUUCGGUUUUUGUACUCUACCUCGCGGCGAAAGCUGCGUUCGUCGUUCGUGAAACGAGAUGUUAGUCGUACCCGUUGGGAUACCACGAUGUGUCUCGACGUUAUUCUCAUUAAUAGUAUUUAAUAAUUAUCGAAUUCUUCGUUCCAACGCACACGUUCACGCGUUAGGCGAUCUCCUCGAGCAUGGUGACACAGAACGCGAGAUCGAACGAGUGUGAACACUCGUCACAUUUAUAAUAUAACCACUUGGCCACGCGUUGAAAUCACUGAUAAUCGUUUACGUUUAAAUUUGUUCGAUUUUAAUUUUUAUUCGAAGAGUAAUUUGAAUCUACGCUAUACGGUAUAGAUUAUUGUGAUUUCAGCGUAACCCAUAACUGUUAUACAGGGAGAACCACACGAUUAUUAUUUUUCCUAUCACUGGACUAACCAGAAUUUCGUUAUCACGGAUGGGCAUGGUUCAUAAGAUCCUCCUAAACGAUAACAUUAGAUUUUAUACCUGUAAUUCUUUCUCUUAUAAAUUUUCAAUGUCUCCUUCAAUUAUUAAAAAAUACAUGACCUUCGAGUGACUUUGGGGAAACUAUUGAUAUCUAUUUAGAACGUUAGGUUUCUUCGAAAUAAAUUCUCACGCGCAAGGUUGUUCGAAGGUCGACGAACAUUGAAGGCGAUCUUGAGAAUUUACAAAAAGUUUAAUAUUAUCUCAAAGAACCUUCUGAAUCAUGCCACAAGUUGCGACAAAUCGCGUGGUUCGCCUAGCAAUCUCUGGAGUACGAUUAAACGUUUUCAGAAUAACAAGGAACAUAUCAGAUCAUCUUCCUCCCGAAAUAAAAAAGAAUAAUAGCGAAUUCGUCGUAGAGUUUUUGUCGAUAAAUGCUGGACGGUGUUCGUCGUUGAAAAAAAUUAAAGAAGAAAUCGCCGAAGAAACUCGACGAAAGAGGAAAAAGUUUGUUCGGCGAGUAGGGUUACUAUUUUUCUAACAAUAAUGGCCAUUGUCGUUCCCGCGACGAUAGUUCAGGCUUGGUCGCCGAUUAGAUAACGGUUCCAGGGCCUGCUCCUGCGACUUUCUUCGUUCCGAAUAUUACGCUAACGUUUUUUGCGCCAGUUUCAUUCCUACGCGAUUACGCAAUUCCAACUGUCGUUGUAAAAAAAAACACCACGUUACUUCCGUAUAUUUUAUUACCACUUCCGGAUGGUUACGGGCUCGCGUCGUCGCGAAAGUGAUAUUCGUAGACAUAUAUUACAGACAUCACGGCUGAAGUAUGCGUUAGUCGAUGGAAAUUAGAUCAAGGAUUUAUGGAUGUCGUAAUUACAGGACACUGUUGUAACGACUCUUUGAAACGUACGUAGAAAAAUAAGAUGUUUCGCUCGGGGACGACUAAUUAUUCGAAAGUACCUUUCUUCUUUCUUCCAUGGUUCUCCCGCGAAGCGUACGGACUCGGGCAUUUAUGAAAUAACACGUUACUUUGUUAUUUUGCUUCGCGAAAUAACAUUUGGUAAUAAUAGUCCUACUAGACGCCAUUUUUUGUAAACAAAUAUCCAGUUUUCCAAUGCAUAUUGAUUAUAUUUUUCGUGGACAUUUAUUAUACAUUAUUUACUCGUACGUAGCGUCCAAUAACUUACAUGGCGAUCAGUGUAUUAAUAGUUAAAAUAUCUAUAAUCUAUCACAAUAGAUUACUUAUAAUUUUGAUAGAAACUUAAAUUACAAUAGGUACUUAUAAUUUUAAUAGAAACUUCUGUUAACGCUACAAAUAGUUUGGCCUGGUCCGAGGGCAACCAAAAUGGCGGCGAAGGAACGUGUCUUCGCGAUUACGUUUCAAAGAGCUCGAUGAAUACAUAUUUCGUAGCGAUUACAACUUGUUAAACUAAAUAUUGCGAGGAACAUGCUCGAGGAGGGAAUCGACGCACGGAAUUAAUUAUUCCUAACCGCGAUUUUACGGUUCGUGCCAGCCGAUGAGAAAGCUGAAAAGAGGAGGGGGAGAUAUCGCCGAUCCAUUUCUUCGCUUUUCUAACACUCGAACUUUGAACGCCGCUUUUUCGAAUCUCUCGUCAUCGAUCUUCUCAUUGUUGUGUCACGAUUCCACGCCAUGAUGCGAAUGUACUGGCUGUAUCAAAACUUUUGAACAAUCUGUUUCCAUUUUGUUUAUAGUACAGUAGAAUCUUUACAAAAGUACUAUCGAUAGAUUCGCGAGGUUUUUCUCGUUAAAACGAGUACAAACACGACUUGUCUCGGACCAUUUUUAAUUAUACGUUGUUCCAAUAAUUUAUUAAUCGCGUGUUGGUAAAAGUAGUCCGAGAUAGGUCGUGUUUGUAUUCAUUUUCAUCGGGAGGACCUCGUGAAUCUAUUAAUAAUAUUUUCACAAAGAUAUCGUGAAUUUACAAUGAAAUAUAUUUCGAUAUUUGUUAUAGUAUAGUAGAAUCUUCGCAAAAGUACUAUCGAUAUAGAUUCGCGAGGAGUUUCUCGUUAAAACGAGUACAAACACGACCUAAAUCGGACCAUUUUUAAUUAUACGUUGUUCCAAUAAUUUAUUAAUCACGUGUUGGUAAAAGUGAUCCGAGAUAGGUCGUGUUUGUACUCAUUUUCAUCGGGAGGACCUCGCGAAUCUAUUAAUAAUACUUUCGCAAAGAUAUCGUGAAUUUACAAAGAAAUAUAUUUCGACAUUUGUUUAUUGCUGUAAGAAUGUUUCAUUCUUAUAAUUUUCAAAAGUUUUGAAUACCAGUCGAGUACGUCGCUCGAAGAAUAUUUGACUCUUUGAAGCGUUAUUUAAUAUUUGCAAUUUCUUCUUUCCAAAGUAAUUUUAUCGAUCGUAUCGUAAGGGUUCAGAGACUCGUUAGCAUUUACCCGCGGCUUGUUACUCGUUGUUAUGAUAUCUACGUCUGUUGGAUAAUGUAAUCGGCUAUCUGUGAAAUCGUCUGCGCGCGAAACGCGACAUUAGCGCGCGCGCGUGCAACGAAAUCGUGCGAGAGCUUACAUAAAAGUGCUCUUACCAUAAUUUUAUCUCUCAUCGAUCGGCUGGCGAAGGAAAAACGCAAUUGUCUCUCGCGUUAACGCGAGCUCGCGUGUCUCCGCGCUUCAGAGGGUCAAAUGGGGUCGAGAAUAAAAAUCAUUGUUGUUCCUGAUCGCCGAUUCCCGGGGGCCUAUGAUCCAGGCAAAAAGUAUUCACGAACACACUGAACAUUUUACACGCGAACACUGAGACGAUAGAGAAAGAGGGAAAGAGGGGCGAUUCUUUUUGUCAUCUAGUCAACGAACUUUCUUAGUAAGUGAGAUACUUGUGAUACUUUGAAUCAAUUUCUUCUUUUUUUUUUAGGUACGUCCGUCGUGUGAUUUAAAAUUUCGACGACAGAAACCCGGGGAGUGUGUUUUUCUUUUGGCGUUCGAGGAUGUGCUUUUUACGAAAGAAUGUCAAUUAUUUGCGUUUCGAGCGAUCGUCUUAAAUCACACGCGGCGCGUCGAUCCGUUUUGUACAGUCAUUCCCUGAGAUCAUUCCUUUUAUUAAAAUCGUCUGGGUACGUCGUUGAAUUUCUUUUUUUUUUACUUUCGUUCACUUUUUAGGCAGGGGAGUCGCUGAGCUGUCCCCUGGAAAGUAUAUGAAACUUUUCUCUUAAAUUUUAAGAUACGAAAGUCGCGAAUUUGCCGUGCAUCCUUCGCCUGGAUUUCAAAUUUUGUCGAAUAUAUACAUAUAUGGUCUUUUUCAUCGCCCAAGCUGACUGAAACUUCUUCAUCGUUCAUAGUAAUAAUGUGUAUAAAGAGGUUUUUUAUACUUUAUGAUAAUAUUGUAUUGUUCAAUUUGCAUGUCGAAUGUUUCAAUUUAAACAUAUGCUACUUCAGUCAAUAAAAUUGUUAUUCUUCCUAGCGAAUUUCAUUUAUUGUAGGCACCGCGAUGUUCAGCUGACGUUUAUAACGUUCGAUUUCUUCUAAUAAAUUGUUGAAUUGUUUACGCGUGUUCGUCUUGAAUUUUCGAAGAUAACGUUAGUAUCUUGUUGGAAAACGAUUCGGGCUUCUCGUUAACUUAGCAGCCAGCUUCAUUAAGGUGGUAAAAAUAAUUAAAAUCUCAAAUUAAUAAAUGCCCAAAAACUCUUAUUUGUCCGUAAACCCAUAAUGCAAGAACUACUAUUGCAAAACUUUCAACUUCCAGGCCACUCUUGUUACUUGGCAGCCUUUAUUUCUAUUUCUUAAAAAUUUUAUUCAAACUAGAACUCUUAUUUCGUAGGACUCUUAUUUAUCUGGUCUCCUGGAAACUUACAAUACGAGAACCGUUAUUAUAAAAGUUCCAAACGGUCUCAAAUGGAAUCUAUUGAAAAAGUUCCACGCUGUUUCGAGCCACGGGAUCGAAACUCUUGAUGAGUCUGGCUGCAACGUUAGCGAAACGCCCGUUUCCCAAAACAAUUUACACUCGUUGUUCGGGCUGCGGACACAGCGUUACCGCGAGCAUGAUGACGCCUAUGGUCGCCCGUCGACCGCGUCAGUAUUACAGGCGUCAGCAAAAUCGAACAUCCGACAGAUGUCUCGCGGUUCCGUUCACUUUCUACCGUAUCGUUUUUCUACUCUUCCAGUUUUGUACUUCCAAACGGUGAUGGGACUUGGAACGCUAUUCGAAGCUAUUUGAAGCUAUUCGAAGUGAUUCGAAGCGUCACGAAGCUAUUCGAAGCGAUUCAAAGUGAUUCGAAGCUAUUUGAAGGUAUUUGAAGCUAUUCGAAGUGAUUCGAAGCGGCACGAAGCUAUUCGAAGCGAUUCAAUGUGAUUCGAAGUGAUUCGAAACAUCUCGAAGCUAUUUGAAGCUAUUCGAAGUGACGUUUAGAAGCUAUUUGAAGCUAUUUGAAGCUAUUCGAAGUGAUUCGAAGCAUUACGAAGCUAUUCGGAGCGAUUCAAAGUGUUUCGAAGCAUCUCGAAGCUAUUUGAAGCUAUUCGAAGCUAUUCGAAGUUAUUCGAAGCUAUUUGAAGCUAUUUGAAGCUAUUUGAAGCUAUUCGAAGUGACGUUUAGAAGCUAUUUGAAGCUAUUCGAAGUGAUUCGAAGCGAUUCAAAGUGAUUCGAAGCUAUUCGAACCAAUUCGAAGCGAUUCAAAGUCCCACCGUUCCUUUUAAUAAUGUAUCGUUCCUCCCAGGACCGGAUUAACGCCAACAGAUGCCCUAAUGCACAUCGUUCAACCGAUAAUUAAUACCCCAAGGAGGGUAAAAUAUUUUUAUGAACAUUUUUAAACAGACUUAGCUUUCAAAGUUGCAAUAUUUGAUUGUUUUCGUGGGCUUUGCAUCAUUUUUAACUGGGAAAAGUUGAUCCAGUCCUGGCACCUCCGAAACAGAGUCGAUUUAAUCCAAUUCGCUAACAACGAAUGGAAGUUUUAGAUCCGUUCGUGAAUUAAAAUACAUUAACAAAUUCGUCGGGCUGACACAUUCGGACGAGCGACGGGCAAAAGUUCGCGAACGAGUCUGUAAUAUUUAUUCGUCGUUGGCGAGUAAAGUUUCGCCCGACUCUGCUCCGAAGUUAGACAGAUUGCUUUUUUCAGGGGCCAGGAAUAUCCUUUGUUUUUCGGGGAAUAGGCUAGCGAAGAGCGCGAAGGGACACGCACACACGAACAUACACACAUCAUCACGCAUCAUUGUCCACCCACGCGCACUUUCGAGUUUGCAUGCUCCAGUUUCUUCGUGUUCUAUGAAUCUUCGUUAAAAAUAUUUUAGUCGUUAAGAUGCAAGCUAGACAAUGGUAGGGAACGGUCAGAAUGGGAUUUGGAUUUUCACGAACUCAAGAAGCAUAUAUUUUUCUCGAGUACUCUGUCGGGGGUCGUCUGGAUCAUUUUCCAUUUCUUUUUCCAAAUAAAUUAUCGCAGUUUUUUGGUCUGCAAUCUUUUCGAAACUCCCAGCGAGGAGUGAAAAUUUUCUAUAUAGUUAAUAAAAAUUGAGAAUUCUAUAACGUGAUAUUUAAAUUUGUUAUUAAUAGAAGAUACUUGAAGUUGCUUUGAGUUUAAUUUAAAACGCACUGAUCCAGGCCCCGACAGAUCGAUCGACAAAGCUCCGCACACGUCUGUCUACUUCCUAAUCGAUUAGGGAAACGAACAUUAAAUAUAAGAUUUAGAUAGAAAACGCAAUUGCGAUCCGAUCGGCGGAUCGUCGAGGUCGGCUGCGAUUCUCGAACGAGAAACGAGAUCACGUGUGUAAAAUGUACUUAUGACAAAGGGUGAUAUGAGUCGUUAUUAUAUUCAUAAUAUAAAAAGAGGGAUAAAGUUAAAAAUAAA